AUGGAAGCUCCGGGACCGCCUCCGCCAUGCGUGCGCCUCGUCGGACCUGCCUUGCCUGCUCCUCCAUCCGUUGCCCCAACGCCUCUUCCCGCGAAGCAUCAAGGCACCGUCAUCUCUGCCGCCCCUGCGCGUUCUGGGGCUGCUGUCCUCCCGCACUCUCGUUUCGUCGAUGGUGGAGGCAGCAAGGUGUCUGCGCCGGUGCUAAAAAAGACGCGUGUGAUGAAGAAAGCCGGCGCUGUGCAGCCUCCCCGAGCUCCUGCACGAUCUCCAGCAGCACCAAGCACGCAGGCAAGUGCCCAAGAAGCUAUUGAUGUUGUUGUCAUGGAUGACGCCCAGCAGCUGUUCGAGGAAUCGCCUGCAAGUGUUCAAGAAACAUUCAGCUUACCUGAACAAUAUACACAAGUGGCUGGUCUAAAGAAGAAAGAAAAGCAAAAAGGUGGAUCAAAACGAAAGAAAUCUUGGACUGAAAAUUUUCAGAAGAAAAAGAAAAACAAAGGGAACAAGAAGAAUACAAGCAAACCUAUGCAACAAGAAGAUGGAAGUCAUGUUCCAGAAUCGCAAGCAUAUGAAUCAAUUUCUAGUUUUACCCAAAUUCUUAUGGUUUUUGAAUAUGAAAUGGGGAAGACCUUCUUAUGUGCAAAAGGAUCCCCAUUAAUAACGACGCCAGUCCUCGAAGAUCGACCAAAGGUUAUGGGUGUUAUGGUCUGA